CUGAAGGAAGUUAAACAAGUGCUUAAGUGUAUGAGUGGGCUGUCCUGUAAUGUGAUUUCAGAUGGAAGUGCCUGUAGGCUUCGGAGCUUCAUUAAGAAGAAUCGUUCUGGGCUUACCAAAGUGGAUGAAUUAAAUGCCACCCCACUCCAUCAUGCUGCAGAAGGAGGUCAAAUAGAAUUAAUGCAGUUGAUCAUAGACGAUUCUUCUUGUGAAGUAUUAAAUGUAAUGGAUUCUUCUGGAAAUACCCCACUUCACUGGGCCACAAAGAAAAACCAGAUUGAAAGUGUUAGUUUGCUUCUCAGCAGAGGAGCCAAUCCAAACAUUCUCAACUCCAAUAUGAUGGCACCUUUGCAUAUGGCUGUGCAGUCCCUGCAUAAUGAAAUCGUUAAGAUUUUAGUCCAGCAUAGCAGUACAGAUGUUAAUUUGGAAGGUGAAGCAGGGAACACACCUAUAAUUGUAGCAUGUUACAAGGAUAAUCCUGAAGCACUGACACUCCUGAUUGAAAAUGGCGGGAAAAUAUGUAAACCAAACAAAACAGGAUGUAUGCCUAUCCAUGCAGCUGCAUUUUCAGGUGCAAAAACAUGUAUGGAAAUUCUUUUAAAAAAAGGUGAAGAAUUGGGUCACUCUGCUAAAACUCACAUCAAUUUUACCAAUAAUGGAAAGUGCAGUCCACUUCAUUUGGCGGUUCAAAGUGGGGACCUUGAAAUGAUUAAAAUGUGCAUUGAAUUUGGAGCCCAAAUUGAUCUAAAACAGAAUGAAAAAUGCACAGCACUUCAUUUUGCAGCCACUCAAGGAGCAACUGAGAUUGUAAAGUUAAUGAUGUCAUCCUAUGCUGGUGAGGAAUCCAUUAUUGAUGCAGUAGAUGGGAACAAGGAAACAUUGCUUCACAGGACGGCAUUGUUUGAUCAUUAUGAACUGGCAGAGUAUUUGAUUUCAAUGGGGGCUAAUAUUAAUAGUGUUGACAUAGAAGGCCGAUCCCCACUUCUGUUGGCCACAUCCUGUGCAUCAUGGAAAAUUGUGAAUUUACUGCUCUCAAAAGGAGCAAAUGUAUCAUUAAAAGAUCAUCUCGGUCGGAAUUUCUUGCAUUUGACGGUAUUGCAGCCUGGAGGAUUACAGCAUCUGAAUGAGAAAUUUCUGCAGAUGGAACAUAUUAAAAAUCUUGUAGUGGAUGAAGAUAAUGAAGGAUGCACUCCAUUGCAUUAUGCAUGUAGACAAGGUGUGGCCCUCUCUGUAAAUAAUUUACUCAGCCUCAACGUUUCCAUCUACUCUAAGAGCAGGGACAAGAAGUCACCGUUACACUUUGCUGCCAGCUAUGGGCGCAUCAAUACAUGUCAACGACUUAUAAGAGAUAUGAAAGACACAAGACUUUUGAAUGAAGGUGAUAAGAAGGGAAUGACUCCCCUUCAUUUGGCAGCCCAGAAUGGUCAUGAGAAGGUAGUUCAGUUUCUUCUGAAGAGAGGGGCUCUUUUUCUCUGUGAUUAUAAAGGCUGGACAGCCCUGCACCAUGCUGCCUUUGGAGGAUACACUCGCACAAUGCAGAUCAUUUUGGAUACUAACGUGAAGUGUACUGACAGAGUGGAUGAAGAAGGGAACACAGCUUUGCACUUGGCUGCAAGAGAAGGACAUGCAAAAGCAGUAAGGUUACUUCUUGACUAUGGUGCGAAAAUUCUGUUCAACAAAGCGGUAGCUUCUUUUUUCCAUGAAGCGAUACAUAAUAGGAGAAAAGAUGUAGUAUCUGCUGUCAUUUUGCACAAAAGGUAA